CUUCCUCCAGCUUUUCUCAGGGGGAUCCCAUGGUGUUCCCAGACCAACCAAGAGCCAUAGUGCUUGCAGUGUGUGCUAGCAUUGAAAUAAAUGCAUGAGCCACCUUAACUGAGAAGUGGCUCUAAGCCCUGUAAGGGUGCGCCCCACCACUCUGCAGAUGAAACUCACUUGCAUGUAUCAGGGAUUCUGUCCUUUUGCUCAUGACCUAACUAACGCACACGAGCAUGGGUGAGAGUCAACCAGUAAAUCGAGAGCUUUGCUUUUUGCUUUAGACUGUCUCUCUGUUAUGUAGCAUUAUAGUGCAGUCAGUGUGGAAUGUAGCUUUUAGUUUAGUGGAGCAAGUAGCAACAGAUCCACUUCCUAAAAGAUGGUAUGUAAAGGAUUCCACUUCCAGUAAUUUGAGACACUAGAAGAGACGGGAAGAAACUGUGCAUUGUGUUAGAGAUGUCCCAUUCAACCAGGUGGACUCCGAAAGGAGUUUUGUAACCAGGAGCAGCUCUUUGUCAUGGAGGGGGUACACUUUGUGGACAACUGGACAAAGGAUCUUCAUGUGUUGCAUGAGGCUGGUGACAACAUAGUGGACAUGGACUGCCUGAACAGGAACACGCCUGGCUCUGGCCGUCAAACCCACCAGGGUUUACAGAAAACCCCACUGGAUGUGAUUGAGACUGGGAAAAGUCUGCGUUUCCAGACAGAGCACCCCCACUUGGUGAGUCUGGGAAGUGGACGACUGAGCACCGCCAUCACCCUGCUGCCCCUGCCUGAGGGUCGGACCACUGUUGGUCAUAGCCCCAUGGACAUCAACAUUCAGGGCCCUGGGGUGGCUGACCAGCACUGCUACAUAGAGAACAGGUCAGGGGUCAUCAUGCUGCAUCCAUGUGGAAACCUCUGUGCUGUUGAUGGGCUCCAGGUCUCAAAGCCUGUGCGCCUGUCACAGGGUUGUAUGCUGUGUUUUGGCCAAUCAUCCUUCUUUCGCUUCAAUCACCCAGAAGAAGCCUUGAAGAUGAAGAGCAUGAUGCCCCAUGGAGGCAGUUCAUCCACAGGAGAAUACAGAAUAUGCACAGACAUAGAGAGUCUAGUCAAUGGGAAUUAUCAGGCCAACCCUGCACAGUCUUCCACAACUGCUGACAGACCUCAGUCUGAGCACAGUUCAAUAGUCAGCUCUAUUGAGAAGGACCUGCAGGACAUCAUGGACACUCUAGUCAUGGAUGACCCUCAGCCUUCUUCGUCUGAGACCAAAAAAAACCCUGGAGGCCAAUCCAUUGCCCACUCUCCUCUGUCGCCUUUGGUAAAUGGAGGAGGCCGAUAUCUGCUGUCCCCCCCUAUCAGCCCAGGGGCCAUGUCUGUAGGUUCCAGCUAUGAAAAUGCAUCCCUGCCCUUUUCCCCUCUCUCCUCACCCUCAGCAGCCAGUAGCGGGAGUAUUACCAGUCCAUCUCCUAGUGGAGGACCCCAGGACCAGAGUUCUUCUCUGCCACCAGUGCCUGUCCGCUCCUCUAGCUACAACUUCACCUCACAGCCUCCGCCUAUACCCCAUCCUCGGACCAUAUUGCCUAACUUCAGUAGUGGUGGUUCAGAUCAGAAGGUCCAGGAAAGCCCCCGACUACAGAGGAAGUUCUUUUCAGAGGCUCCUCCAAGCCCCAAGCCAAGCCGCAAAGGACUAAGCCAAGAUGGAUCUGAGUGCCCUAGACAGACCCCCUUUUUGACCUUGGAUGAAUCUCUCAGUAGUAGAAAUUUUGUGCCAAGUAGCCCGAGGCUUACUUCAAAAUUUUCCACCUGCUCAUCCCCUUUGCUUUCCAGUCCCAGGACCAAGACAACCGCAGGGCUCCAAGAAAACCCUUCCAUCCUCUUUAGGGAGCUACCCAAUGUUUCUGAUCACUCACUUACCUGCAGCCCUUCCAGACAGCUUCCCCAACCUACCAGACCCUUUCAGCCUCCUUUAGACCCCAUUGUUCAUAUCAUUCAAGGGUCCCCACUUCAACAGCAUCCACGUUCACUGCAACCACCUGAAAGCCCUCAUUUGACCAGAAGGAACCUGGAGCUGAACGGAGCCAGUGGAGCAAGCAGUAGUUUGAGGGAGCUGCCCCCUCUUAGCCCCUCUUUGGGCCGGAGAGGGGUCCCGGUACUUCCUGGGGCACUACCUGGCACAAUACCAACUUUGAUGACUCCAGAUUGCCCCUUAGGUCUCAGCAAAGUUGUUCCAGAAAGUCCAAGACUUUGGCGCAAGAGUGGCUCUAUCUCUGAGGAGCCAGUGUCCAGUAGGUCAAUCAGAGCACGUAGUCCAUCUCCUACCUCUAUGAUGAUAGAGGCUGGUGUUAGUGGCAAUGUAGGUGUUUGCAAAGCAAGCUUUGGGAAUCCCCUUUCUCCAGCUUACAGUCUGGGGUCCCUGCCUAGCUCCUCUCCCGUUGCCAGCCCCAGGACCCACAGAAAGAUGUCUGCAGGGAGACCCCAUCCUGGAAUCAGAGAAAGAAAGAACAGCAUCACCGAGAUCAGCGACAAUGAAGAUGAGCUCCUGCAGUAUCACCGACGACAAAGAGAGGAGAGACUUCGAGAGCAGGAAAUGGAGAGACUGGAGAGACAGCGGCUAGAGACCAUCCUAAAUCUUUGUGCUGAAUACAACAAAGGAGAGAGUGCUGGCCUGGACUCGAUGGACUCUGUAAGGACAGUUCUGGCAGAUGGCUCAGAGCGAAGACCAUCCAUGGAGAAUGUCAUGGGAGGAACACCGUCCUCAGCUGCUUUGUGCCUGGCACAAAGGCAGAGGGAGACUGAAGAAGAGAGUCUAAAGGAGGAGUGUAGUAGUACAGAGAGCACUCAUCAGGAGGUGAGGACAUCUCCUGGUCCCAUCACAGCAUCAGCACUGCACACUGGAGACAGACAGCAUGAGGACUCUGGUUUAGGUAGUUCAGGUUGUCUGGAACUGAAUUACUUGGAGGACAAGCGGGUUACUGUCCUUGCUCGCAUUGAUGAGCUCAAAGCCCGGCUGACAGAGCUGGACCAACAACUCAGAGAAUCCAAACAAGAGGCAGAGAUGGAGUGCGCCUUGCUGCAAGGCGAGAGGCAGGCAGAGCUUGACCAGAUGGAGGCAGAGACGGACAUCAUCGCUCAACUGCAGCAAAAGUUGGACAAUCUGGAGACCGCUAUCCAGAGGGAAAAGGACAAAGCAAGAGCAAAUGUUGAGGCAGAGCGCCGGGCCAUGCAGGGCCUCCAGGAGGGCUACGCCAAGCUGAAGAAACAAGUUCAUAACUGUCCCGAGUCUCUGCGGGAACAAUUGCAGGAACAGCUCAAAAGGGAUGGUGAGGCGUUGGAAGCAGAAACCAAAAAGUUUGAGGAUCUGGAGUUUCAGCAGUUGGAGAGAGAAAGCAGCUUGGAGGAGGAAAGAGAAACUAUCAGCCAGCAGCUGCUGCAGGAGAGUGCCCAGUAUCACAGCAUUGUGGCGAAGAGGAAGGAGAAGGUGUCAGCUCUAGAAAACCAGGCCAAACAACUCAGCCUGCAGGCAUCUCAGGAGUUUGACCGACUUACUAAAGACAGAAGCUUUACACUGCAAAUGUUCCAAAAGGAAAAGGAGAGACUGUUGGCUCUGGAAAAGAAAUACAACAGCCUAACUGGAGGAAAGAGCUUUCCUAAAUCCCCCGCUCCUAUGAGAGAGGAGUAUGUGACUGUGGGACAGUUAAAUCAGAUUUAUGGGAUGCCAAAGGUGGAAUCAUCCCCUACCUCCCCUCUUCACCAGCCACUGCAGUCUGGAGCAAUAGAUCAAGUCUUCUCCUGCAUCCCUUCUCCUCAUGGUUCAUCCCUGUCUCUUUCUAUGGAGUACCAGUCUGAGAGCAGUAGGCCUCACCUCCACAAGCUUGACUUAGAGCAGUGGUACCAGGAGCUAAUGGUUGGUUCCAGCCAGCUCUGUCCUCCUUUGCCAUCUAAGUCUUUCUCAGGCCGCAGGCCUUUGUUGCAGGGGUUCCGCUCCAAGAUGGAUAGUGAUCCAGGCCUGUCUCUUUCACAGUCUAAAGCAAGCUCCUCAUCACCUCUACAACAUGGAGCAGCAACACUGGGACGCAACACAAGCUCCAAACAGAGUCCCCUGCUGGUGACUAAUCGUACUGGCAGUCUGCCCAGGAACCUGGCUGCAACCUUGCAGGACAUCGAGACCAAGAGACAGCUGGCUCUGCAGCAGAAAGGUCAGCAGGUAAUUGAAGAGCAACGUCGACGUCUGGCCGAGCUCAAACAGAGAGCAGCAGCAGAGGCUCAGUGCCAGUGGGAGGCACUCCAUAGUUCUCAGCCCCACCUAAUGACCUCACCCUCUUCAUCACCAUCAUAUUCCCCUGUCAUGGCCUACAGCUCCGUGGGGCCCCCUCCUCUGGUCCAUCACUCCAUCCUGCACCACCAGCCCUUGUCAGGAUUAGAGCAGCCCUACGAUACAUUGAGCUUAGAGAGCUCAGAUAGCAUGGACACCAGCAUCUCCACCGGGAACAACUCCGCCUGCUCACCAGACAACGUGUUUAGUGUCGGAGGAGUGGAUGUGCUGAAGAUCGAGGAAAUGGAGAAAGUACUGAAGGAGGCUCAACUGGAGAAAGCCAGACUCAUUGAAUCACGGGAACGAGAGAGCCUGGCUCGCCGUCAGAUUCUGGAGGAGGAGAGGAAGAGAAGGGAGGAAGCAGAGAAACGGCUGCAGGAUGAAACAUUUCAUCGGCAGCAGCUAGUGGAGAAAGAGGUCAAGAUUAGGGCCAAGAACUUCUCUCAGCAGGCCCGUCCUAUGACCCGCUACCUGCCCAUCAGGAAAGAGGAGUUUGACUUGCGCUCUCAUGUUGAGUCGUCGGGCCACAGCAUUGAGAUGUGUUACCACAUCAUCCUUACUGAAAAGAUGUGUAAGGGCUACCUGGUCAAAAUGGGAGGCAAGAUCAAGUCGUGGAAGAAACGCUGGUUCGUCUUCGACCGCCUCAAAAGGACCUUCUCUUACUAUGUUGAUAAACAUGAGACCAAGCUAAAGGGUGUGAUCUACUUCCAGGCAAUAGAGGAAGUGUAUUACGAUCACCUCCGCAGUGCCACAAAGAGCCCCAACUCUUCCCUGACUUUCUGCGUAAAGACACACGACCGCCUCUACUACAUGGUGGCCCCUUCAGCAGAGGCCAUGAGGAUCUGGAUGGAUGUUAUUGUGACAGGAGCAGAGGGAUACACACAGUUUAUGAACUGAGUUUGGCGCAUUAAGCACACAGGUGUCAAGCUGAUACGGCAGGGACUCUCCCAUCAUAAAGUCUACAAGCCCUUCCUAUUUCCAGACACAAUGCCUUGCUUCUUGUUUUUAUUCUCUUGUUCCUUAUUUGUUUUGCUUGUUUGAUUUUAUUUUAAUUGAAAAAGGGAGGCCUUGGAGGACACAUACACACACACACACACACACACACACACACACACACAGUUGUGUUUCUACGUGGGGACUCACCAUUAACAUAAUGCCUUCCCUAGCCCCUUACCCUAACCAUCACAACUAAAGGCAGACGUCAAACUGCUGUAAUCCGAACCAAAACUCAAUUCUAAUCUCAGCCCUAAAAUCACAUCUUGACCAUCAAAAAGGUUUUCAGACUCGUGGGGACACUUGGCGGGUCACAGUGUCCUCACCUUGACAGCAAAAACAUGGUUUAUGGUCCCCAAGUCGAAGGAAACACACACACACACACACACACACACACACACACACACACACACAAAUUUGUACAUAAACCAAAAUUUCUUGUUAUAGACAAGAAAAAUCAUAUCUAUAUUGCCAAAUGGAGAUACUGUACUGCAGUUACUGCUUGUUAAAGAUCUUAUUGACAUAAUGCCAAUGUUUUGUUUGAGUGUUUCAUCAGGUCAGUUUAGACAGAAUACGUUUAGGAUAUUUAAUCAAAAGGUUUAACCAUUUUAGAAAUAUAUUGAAAAGAAUCUUAUUCAAAAUGUACAAUCUACGAGAAAUAUUAGAAAUUAGUCCAUCAGGGUGGCACGAUGCAUGCGUUACAGUCAAGUACUUUUAUGACAGUUAGACGCUAAAGCACUACAGCCUCCACUUCACGUCAAUGGUGUUUUGAGAUGGGAACAGUAACACUAAUUAAGUGCAACAUCCACAUCACAUUAAGGUUAUCAAGUGCUACAUUGUUGUCCUAUAUUGUCACUUAGGUUUACCAAAGUAACAAGAGGUAUUUAUUUUGUUAGCCGCUGACCCACUAUAGCUUAGGAGUUUAGUCUGCAGUUUCUGUGAUUUGACCAUUAUGGACUUUGGAAAGCUGGUACUAACUGAAAUUCAUGUAAAACUCAGUAGAUUUAAAUUUUUCUGAUGCCCAACCAAAUCAAGAAACCUGUAGAAUACAAAUCUGGAUUUGGGUAAACUGAAAAAAUAGUUUGGAGAAGACAGUCCUCUUAUUCUAAAUAAAGAUAUGUCAAUCAGGUUAACCUCGCUUAUACUCUGUAAACAGACAUAAAACAAUCUGUGUCCCAGCUUCUUGUAUUUAUGCUACAAUAAGUUGCCCUUCCUUGUGCUAGCUGCCUCCUUAGUGCAAGUAAAAUACUCAAUCUACUUUUUACCUUGGGAUAAAGCCUGGAGGCAUUUGCCAGGGGGUCAAGCAAACAUUUAACCUGUCCUCAUUCUACUAUGAUGUAUCAUUCUUCUUUUAAAGUCUUUGAUAGGUAAAGUUAAUGUCCAGCUAAAUCUGCUGCUUCAUAGUCAGUCCACAGACACCAACCUGUUAUUUUCAUUCCAUUGUAUCAAGUGAUGAUGUACACUGGUCUAACCACAGCUGCCACAUUGUCUGUGUACUUAGGGAAUAUUUUACUGUUUCUGAUUGAUGCAUUCAUGUUGCCAACUCAAGGUGCAAUCCACAGAUCUGUGCGAUACGCUCAGCAAAAGAAGCUUGUCUUUUCGCCAAGUAGCCUUUAGCCUAGUUGAUGAUUCGACCACAGCACUGGGAAGCAGCCACCAGCACUGCCAGCCUAAGGCAACGACUAUUAAGGGACGCUGCAGACACCGCAUUGACACUCAUUCAGUAAUACGAAAUAAUGCAAUUCAGAGACUGUGCCUUGAAUAUGUCCUGCUAUUGGUGCCAUGAGGAGUCAAGUGCUGCCUGGCUGGAAGGCUACAACAUGACUGUUGUUAGUGCAUUUUAAUUAGUGUUUCCUGAGCUGGGAUGCAGUAGUUGGACAGAUUUGCAUAUGUUUUUUUAUUAUGUGGACAUACCAGAGGGCCUGACCAGUGGGGAAGCAAUUAACGACCACUAUCCAAUUAUGAAUCUAAAUGAAGGGUCUACUGUAGAUGAGCAUUGUAAAAAAUUAAAUUAUUAUCAUCUAUUUAAAGACACUAAGUUGCCAACUUGCAACGCUAAAUUGGUGAAGAAUUAGUCAAAUCAGAAGAUGGUUGUUUAGGGCUGGUAUCAGGUUAUAGUUUAAUUAGUUUAAGUAAAAUACAGCCAAACAUGUUGCACAUGCAGCUAUAAGUUAACAAAGUUAAAAAUGUUUGUUCCAGUGUCACAUUUGGCAUUGUCUGAAAGAGAAAAACACAAAAAUACAUUUGCUCCCAUAUCAAAAAUGAAAACCUAACAAUGUGACUUCCUUUUUUGAAUCUCCACUGUAGCUGAGGCCUGAAGGCAUGAAGAUGGAAAACAAAAUGUAUGCUCAGCUUCAAUAAGAGACUGUAAUUGACCAGGCUCAUCCAGGUUCUUUGAUCUGGUCCCCAAUGUUGUUCUUCUGUUGCUGCAGAAGCGGCAAACAGAAUAACACUGUGAUAACGCUGUGAAAUGGAUUUGUUUCAUGCGGCAGUACAGUGACAAUAAUUUAUUGUUGUGGUGCCUGAAAUUGUGAUAUAUUUACUUCAAGAAAGCAAAUAGAAGACCAUUGAAAAGACCUUAAUCUUAAUAUAUUCUGUCCAGUCUCCUUGCCUUUUAACAAUGUUUGUUGAUAGUAGGUGGUACAUUACAGUAUAUACAUGACUGUUGUCUAUGUUGAAAAGAUAGGAAACAUACAAAGAGAAUCCCUGAAUGAAAAUAUUAAUAUUAAAAUGAAACUGUAUGAAAACAUGUACAAUCUUUACUUGCCAUUUAAGAAAUGUUAUUGUCAAUUACAGUAGAAAAUUUAUUAGUGAUUUUUUUUUUUUUUUACUGGUACAGCAACACUCACCUGUCACUGGCAAAUAGUUCUUGUUAACUCCCACACUCACUCAGCAUGAGUACUCAGGCCAUAUUGUUAAUGGUACCCUCUGUACAGUAUGUCACUUUCAUUUGUGAAUAAGAAGAAUUUUGUCAGACGUACUAAAAACAACUGUUGCAGACAA